UUUACCUCAAAUCAAAACAGUCUCAAUCUCCGCGAAUAAAGCAAGCAGUCGUAGUCGGAAUCAGGAUACAAAAAGUUGUUUUUCUUCGCCUAAAUAAAGUUAUUUAUUUGCUGCGUGUUCAAAAUUGUCGGCUAUCCCGAAACAAUGACAUCCCCGUUGGAAAAUUUGGAAAGCCAGCUGGAAAGGUUCAUUGAAAAUGUUCGCCAAAUUCGCAUCAUUGUCAGCGACUUUCAACCGCAGGGUCAGAACGUUCUGAAUCAGAAAAUACAAUUGUUGGUAACGGGCCUACAGGAGAUCGACAAGCUCAAGAACCAAGUGGACGUCAAUGUUCCGCUGGAGGUGUUCGACUACAUCGAUCAGGGCCGCAACCCGCAGCUCUAUACCAAGGACUGCAUCGACAAGGCGCUGACCAAGAACGAAGAAGUCAAAGGGAAGAUAGAUUCCUAUCGGAAGUUCAAGAGCAAUCUGCUGAAGGAGCUGGACGACACCUUUCCGACCGAGCUCGCCAAGUACAAGGCCAUCCGUGGUGACGAAUAAGGGAAGCACUUGGCGUCGGAUGUUCUAUAGGGGGAAGACGAUUUUUUAGAUACUAAGAUAUUUUAUUAAAUUCUCUAUUAUAUAAGCGGAAUAAAGGUGAGCUAAUUUGCGGGAAGCCAA